UUGUCCGUGAUGCCGUCGAGUUUGCAUUCAACCAAGUCUACAAGGAGAUGCGGUUACGCAAGGUCAGCCCUCCGGCGCUUGUCCAGACACAGGUUGAAGGCGGAGCCACUCUCUUCAAGUUUGGCUACUACAACGAGGAGGCCUACCUAACCCAGUCAUCCCAACUCUACCUCGAGACCUGCCUACCCUCCAUGGGCGACGUAUACUGCAUCGAAAAGUCGUUCCGCGCAGAAAAGUCACUAACCCGCCGCCACUUGGCUGAAUACACACACAUUGAAGCCGAGCUCGACUAUAUCAACUUCGACGACCUGCUCACCCACCUCGAAGAAGUCAUGUGCCGCGUGCUCGAAGUCACAAUGGCUGAUCCCGUCGUCAAGCAAUACAUCAUGGACCUCAACCCUGAAUUCCAGCUCCCAGAGCGGCCGUUCAAGCGCAUGAAGUACCAGGACGCUAUCGACUGGCUCGUCGAGCACAACAUCCCCAACGAAGACGGCGAGCCGCACAAGUUCGGUGACGACAUUGCCGAAGCUGCUGAGCGCAGGAUGACGGAUAUUAUAAACAGGCCUAUCUUCCUCACCCACUUCCCCACGGAGAUCAAGGCCUUUUACAUGUUAAAGGACAAGGACGACGCGCGUGUGACUGAGAGUGUGGAUUGCUUGAUGCCAGGUGUAGGCGAGAUCGUUGGAGGAAGUAUGCGCAUGGACAACUACGAUGAAUUGAUGGCUGCUUUUGCGAGGGAGCAGAUUGAUCCUGCGGCUUACUACUGGUACACUGAUCAGAGAAAGUAUGUUCAUCUCUCUCUCUCUCUCAUCUCCUUUUUUAUAACAAAAAACCCCUUUGACUAA